AAAACUGUCAAAAAAAUGUCAGUUGAGUGAUUUUAUUGCGGACGUGUGUUGUAUCUUUCGUGGUAAAAAUGUCCUUCGAGGCUUAAAUACCGCUGAAGUAUUGAGUUAACGAUGAAAAGUAGCCCCUCGCGUAAAUAUGAGAAUUUAUCCAACGAACAACUUGGACGGGACAGCGACAAAUACUCCAUAGGAAGCCAGGACACGGCGAGUGUGCACUCGAGUCCGGAGGAAGGCGGCGGGAAGCCCGAGAGCCACCCGGGAGCCGGCGAUAUGUGGAUCAGCGCCGUGGAGAGCUCCAUACUGUCAUGGGAGGAGGUGGCAGCGCGUUUGAACGUGGACGUCCGCCGCGGCCUCUCGUGGCGCGAGGCCAACGACCGCAUGAACUUCGUGGGCCCCAACGAGUUCCACGUGAAGGAGGAGGAGCCGCUCUGGAGGAAGUACAUCGAGCAGUUCCAGAACCCUCUCAUACUGCUGCUGCUGGGCUCAGCGUUCGUGAGCAUCUUCAUGCGACAAUACGACGACGCCAUCUCCAUCACGGUGGCCAUCAUCAUCGUGGUGACCGUCGCAUUCGUGCAGGAGUAUAGAUCCGAGAAGUCGCUGGAAGAGCUGAAUAAACUCGUGCCGCCAUCUUGUAAUUGUCUCCGCGAGGGCAGCCUCGAGCACUUCCUAGCCCGCAACCUGGUCCCGGGCGACGUGGUGCAGCUGUCAGUCGGCGACCGCGUGCCCGCCGACGUGCGCCUGUCCGAGUGCGCCGAGCUGGCUAUAGACGAAUCCUCAUUCACUGGUGAGACGGAGCCGGCGGUUAAGAACACUCUGCCGAGCCAGGCGUCCGCCGGAAGGGUUAACAAGGACAAUGUGGCGUUCAUGGGCACUUUGAUACGAUGCGGGAAUGCUAAGGGCAUAGUAGUCAGCACCGGCGAACGUUCGGAAUUCGGCGACAUAUUCCGAAUGAUGCAAGCGGAAGAAGCUCCUAAAACCCCUCUACAGAAGUCUAUGGACACCCUCGGAGCCCAGUUGUCUAUGUAUUCGUUCUUCAUCAUCGGAUUUAUAAUGCUGGCUGGAUGGCUUCAGGGGAAAGCUUUGCAGGACAUGUUUACCAUCAGUGUUAGUUUGGCCGUCGCUGCUAUACCUGAAGGUCUACCGAUCGUGGUGACAGUGACACUGGCCCUGGGAGUGAUGCGAAUGGCUAAACGCAAGGCCAUAGUCAAGAAACUACCCACGGUCGAGACGCUAGGCUGCGUUAAUGUCAUCUGCAGUGAUAAGACUGGCACACUAACCAAGAACGAGAUGACAGUCACAACAAUAUCCACCUCCGGCGGCCACAUAGCGGAGGUAUCGGGCGCGGGGUAUAACGCGCGCGGUCAGAUCUCCCUUAGAGCGUACAAGGGACGCGACUGUGACCAGGCUCGCAACGCGGUCUACUCGCUGCUUGAGGUGGGAGCAGUAUGCAACAACGCUAACAUCCACGAAGACACUCUCAUCGGUCAGCCGACAGAGGGCGCUCUACUGGCCUGCGCCAUGAAGAACGACAUGGGAGAUGUCAGGGACCAGUACACGAGGAUACAGGAGAUACCGUUCAGUUCCGAAACGAAAAUGAUGGUCGUGAAGUGCACACCCAAGUACGACACCACCAAGCUGAAAGAGGAAUUCUUCGUCAAGGGAGCUAUUGAGAAGGUGCUGCCUCUGUGCACUCAGUUCAUAGACAGCAGCGGGAACUACUCGCCUAUUACGAAGGACAAGCGAGACAGCUUCAUGAUGGAAUCUUACAACAUUGGACGCAUGGGCCUCCGAGUAAUAGCCCUAGCCCGCGGCACGAACCUCGACUCUCUAACCUACACGGGCGUGGUCGGAGUAGUGGACCCGCCGCGGCCGCGCGUCGCCGCCGCAGUAGCCACCCUACGCGCCGCCGGGGUCAGGGUCAAGAUGCUGACUGGAGACGCCAGCCCUACGGCUAUAGCCACAGCUCAAAUGAUCGGCCUGGAUGUCCUGCACUCGCAGUCGCUGUCCGGCGACCAGCUCGACGCCAUGUCUGAGGACGAACUCGACCGGUGCAUUGAGAAUGUGACGGUGUUCUACAGGGUGACCCCAAAACACAAGCUGUCAAUCGUGAAGUCUCUGCAACGACUCGGCAAUAUUGUGGGCAUGACAGGUGACGGUGUGAACGACGGGGUGGCUCUGAAGCGCGCUGACAUCGGCAUAGCGAUGGGCAUGAACGGGACUGAUGUGUGCAAGGAGGCCGCUGACAUGAUAUUGGUUGAUGAUGACUUCGCUACCAUUAUCGCCGCCAUAGAAGAGGGCAAGUGCAUAUUCUACAACAUCCGCAACUUCGUCCGUUUCCAGCUGUCCACGUCCAUAGCCGCGCUGUCUCUCAUCGCACUGGCAACCCUGAUGGGCAUACCCAACCCGUUGAACGCUAUGCAGAUACUGUGGAUCAAUAUUAUUAUGGACGGCCCCCCAGCCCAAUCCCUCGGCGUAGAACCAGUGGACCACGAGGUAGUGACCCGCGCACCACGAGACACCAAGCGACGCAUCAUCUCGCGCGGACUGCUGAUCAACGUGCUCAUGUCUGCCGCCAUCAUCAUAGCCGGCACGCUGUGGGUGUUCAACAGAGAGAUGUCCGACAACAAGAUCACCCCUCGCGACACGACGAUGACAUUCACUUGCUUCGUUCUCUUCGACAUGUGGAACGCACUCUCUUGCCGAUCACAGAGCAAGUCCAUCUUCGCCAUAGGACUGUGCGCCAACAAAAUGUUCCUGCUGGCGGUCUCGCUGAGUCUGCUGGGGCAGGCGCUGGUGGUGUACUGCCCGCCGCUGCAGAAGAUCUUCGUCACCGAGGCGCUCACCGGACACGAUCUCAUCUUCCUAGUCUGCCUGACGUCCAGCGUGUUCUUUGCUAGCGAGAUCAAGAAGGUCAUCGAACGCCUGCUCAAGAAGCGAUCCAACAAGUACUCGUCGAAGGCACAAAGCGCCAUGGACUUUGUAUGACAGGAGACCGAAAGGAAGGCGCAGUAAACGGGCCCCGCACUGACAGCUGUCACCGUGACAGCUGUUAACGUGACGCAGUGUGUCAGAGUGACUUGUCCCGCCAAUUUUGUUGCACCGACGUUGUAAGUCGAAUCAACUGUUGAUCUAGUUGAUUGUGUGAUGGAAAUUGAUGGUGUGAGUCAUGAUGAUGUCAUGUGUCAGGCCCGAGUAAUUAUUGCUGAAGAUCUCGCCUCCGAAUGGCUACGUCACUGUGGUGACGUGCGUCAGUGUGACGUAUCGCGUCAAAAACGCGUCGUCAGUGUAGUCUAAGUGAAAAUGACAGAACAGUGAAUGUCUGCGUAGUGAUUUUGUGUCCGUAAUAGUAGUCAGUGGUAGUCGUCUCUUCUCGAUUUUCGACGGCAAAUCGGAAUAUGUUUAGCUACGUUUAUUUAUUUAUUUACUUAGUACGUUACGGUUUUUGAACGGCUAUUUGAAGUUAAUGGUUUACCGCAAAAUUUCCCAAAAAGGGAUUUUAAGUAAAUUAAAAAAAAAAACGGUGUAGAAGCUACGUUAACUUCAAAAAGUCUUUCGGACUAUAUAUUUGAACGCUACAGUAUUUUUGGAGUUGUCUUUGAUUAUAAUUUAUUUUCGUAACUAUUUUCUAUACUUGCAUUAUUUUACUUUUAUUAAGUAUGGUUUUGUGUCUGUGUAUUUUUAUAUUAAUUUUCUUUUUGACAGUUUUGUGUAUCAAUCUCAGUAGUGUUAGCAGUGAUUAUAAUAUUAUUAUUCUAGAUGUUAAGUGGUCACCUCUCGGCCUUAGAAAAUUGUAUUGAACCAAUAUAAUAUAGGGACAUACAUACAGUCUUACUACAAAAACCGUAAAUGUGGGUAAAUCUACCGUUAUGUAGAAAAAUGUGGCAAUUAAAAAGAGUAAAAAACAAG